AUGGCAGCCCAGGUGGCCGCCCGAGAAGCCCCGACUCUCCGCCUCUCCCUUGGCGUCGGCUCGGAGGCCGCCGGCCUGGUGGAGUUGGAGGAGGAAGACGAAGACGAGGAGGUGGCGGCGGCCAGGAGAGCGCGGAGUUUUGCCCUGGACGCGCGGGUGCGCUUCGUCGGCUGCCGCCUGGAGCGGUUACUGGGCCUCCCGGAAGAGAAAUGGAGCCGGCAUUUAGACAGUGAGGACAACCGGCAGGUUCUGGGGGAGUUUCUCGAGAGCCCCAGCCCAGCCUGCCUCUUAUUCAGCGCCGCCACUGAGGGGCGGCUCGAGGCGGCUCAACAGAUUCCAAGAGAUGUAAAACGUAAACUUGUUUAUAUUGCCAAGAAGACUACUGAAAACAUUGGAGUAAAUGACUUCUCUCAGACAGUUUUAUUUGGCGAGUUACCUGUCUCAUCUCUUGGACAUGUAACUGCUUUCCUAGACGAGAUUUUAGUGCCAAUUAUUUCUAAUAAGAACAACCAUAAAUCCUGGUCAUGCUUUAUUUCACAAGACAUGGAACAUCAUAUAGAAGUCAUGAAAAGUAAAAUGCAUAUUUUUAGGGGCAAAAUGUUGAGAAGAACUCUUCUACCAAUUCCCACUAUUGCAGGAAACAUUGACUUGGAUCAGAAAUAUUCAGAGACCAGUGUUUGCAGACUGGAGCCAAAUGAAAGGAGAGUACUCCAUGCAAUUGAAUCAGUGGUUAUUAAAUGGUCACAUCAAAUCCAAGAGAUCAUAGAGAAAGAUUCAGUGCAACCUUUGCUAAAUGGUCUUCACUCAAAUCCUCAAACUGAACUGGAUUUCUGGACGAUGAGAAGAGAGAACCUAGCAUGCAUUUAUGAUCAACUUCAGACUCCUGUUGUCCUCAAAAUGGUUAAGCUCCUGAAAAAUAAGCAAAGCAGCUAUUUUCCAACAUUGAAGGACACUUUCAUGGCUGUGAAAAAUGCUCUGCUCGAAGCCCACGAUGUGGAACUUUACUUGAGACCCCUGAGGAGACACAUUCAGUGUCUCCAGGAGACGGAAUUCCCACAGACCGGUGUAUUAAUUGCCCCGUUAUUUCAUACCAUCUGUCUGAUCUGGAGUCAUUCCGAGUUUUAUAAUACCCCUGCUCGGAUUAUAGUUUUAUUGCAAGAGUUUUGUAAUCUCUUCAUUGACCAGGCAAUAGCUUACCUUUCACCUGAAGAUCUCUUGAAAGGGGAAAUUGAAGACUGUCUGGAAAAGGUUCAAGUGACCAUUAACAUCUUAAAGACUUUCAAAAAUUGUUUCUUCAACUAUAGAAGAGGAUUGGCAAGCUAUUUUAUGGGAAAUAAGAAACUGAAACCAUGGGAUUUCCGGUCUUAUCUGGUGUUUCGUAGAUUUGACAAAUUUCUUGAUCGUUUCAUGAAAAUAGAGGAUAUAUUUGUCACCAUAUUGGAAUUUGAAAAGCUGGAAAGACUUGAAUUUGGUGGUACCAAGGGAGCAAUUUUAAAUGGACAGAUCUGUGAGAUGAGUGAAGAAUUUAUGAAACAGUGGAAUAUUUUUAAACAAAGCACGUAUGACCCAUCUGAUUACAAUAACAUGGAGUUUGAAAGUGAUUAUGCUGAGUUUAAGUCCAAAAUUCUGGAUUUUGACAGAAGGCUUGGGACAAUUCUUUGUGAAGCUUUCUUCAACUGCAAUGGUCUGGAAGCUGCAUUUAAGCUUUUGACCAUAUUUGGGAAUUUUCUUGAGAAACCAGUUGUCAUGGAAAUUUUCAGCCCACAUUAUAGCACACUUGUGCACAUGUUCAGUGCAGAGUUGGAUAUGUGUAAGCAAUUGUAUAAUGAACACAUGAGACAGAUUGAACAAGGAAAUGUAGUUCUUAACAAGAAUAUGCCAUUUGCUUCAGGAAAUAUCAAAUGGGCUAAAGAGGUUCUUGACCGACUUCAGAUGUUUUGGUCAAACUUUGCAUCUCUCCAUUAUCUAUUCUUGGAAAGUCCUGAUUAUACCUUGGUUUAUCAGAAGUAUGUUGAGAUGACAACUUUGCUGAACCAAUUUGAAGAUCAUAUCUAUAAUGAAUGGAAAAGUAAUGUGAAUGAAAUCUGUGAAUUCAAUUUGAAUCAACCCUUGGUUAAAUUCAGUGCCAUAAGUGGUCUUCUCAGUGUCAACUUUGACCCAAAGCUAGUGGCUGUAUUAAGAGAAGUGAAAUACCUUUUGAUGUUGAAGAAAUCAGACAUACCAGAUUCAGCCUUCACCAUCUUCAAAAAAAGAAACACUCUCUUAAAGUACAUUGGAAAUCUUGAACUUCUUGUACACGGAUAUAAUAAGCUGAAACAGACUCUUCUGGAAGUUGAAUACCCCCUGAUUGAGGACGAGCUGAGGACUGUGGAUGAGGAACUGCAGGCAGCUGCAACAUCGCUGACAUGGCAGGAUGACUGCUGGGGGGAUAUCGAGGGGGUAAGGAUGGCCACCUCAGAGCUGGAGCGCAGAGUGGAGCACGCGCAGAAUAACGUCAGGGUGAUCCAGCAGACCAUGCGGGCUUGGGCGGAGUGCCCGCUCCUUCCCAGGAGAGAACACAGGCGGGAGGCCGCCUUGACUUGGGAGGACAAGAGUGAGUUAUUUACGAAAAAGUACAAGCGAAUCCGAGAAGAUGGCUGCAAGAUACACAACUUGGUCGAGGAAAAUAGGAAGCUAUUCAGAGCCGAUCCUUCUCUGGAUGCCUGGAAGAUUUAUGUAGAAUUCAUUGAUGACAUCGUGGUGGAAGGCUUUUUUCAAGCGAUAAUGCAUGACUUAGACUUCUUCCUGAAGAACACAGAGAAACAAUUGAAACCUGCACCAUUUUUUCAAGCACAAAUGAUCUUAAUGCCCCCAGAGAUUCUGUUUAAGCCUUCUUUAGAAAGAGAGGCUGGAGAUGGCUUUUAUGAUCUGGUGGAAGAAAUGCUGUGCAGUAGUUUCAGAAUGUCUGCCCAGAUGAAGCGAGUAGCAGCACAUCUGGAAAUAGAAAACUACCAGAGUGAUGUUGACAACAUGCUGGGCCUGGCAGAAGGUAGGCAGGAGAUCAUGAGGAGAGUAGCAGACGUUAUCAGCAAAGUCUUGGACUUCAGAAACACCCUGGACACGUAUGCUUGCCUCUGGGUAGAAGACCGAGCCGAGUUCAUGAAGCACUUCCUUCUGUAUGGCCCUGCUGUGUCGGCCGAGGAGGUGGAAACUCACGUGAAUGAAGAGGUCCCUGAACAAUCACCAACACUUGAGCAGUUCAAAGAACAGAUUGACAUUUAUGAGGCUCUGUAUGUUCAGAUGAGCAAGUUUGACGACUUCAGGGUGUUUGAUAGUUGGUUCAAGGUGGACAUGAAGCCUUUUAAAGUGAGCUUGCUGAACAUUAUCAGGAAAUGGAGCUGGAUGUUUCAGGAGCAUCUUUUGAGAUUUGUCAUCGACAGCUUGAAUGAGCUACAAGAAUUUAUAAAGGAGACAGAUGCUGGACUUCAGAGAGAAUUAAGUGAAGGUGAUCAUGAUGGUUUAGUUGACAUUAUGGGGCAUCUUCUGGCUGUAAGAAGCCGACAGAGAGCUACUGAUGAACUCUUUGAACUGUUAAAAGAAACCAUCACACUCUUGGAAAUGUAUGGCCAGAAGAUGCCUGAGCAAGUCUAUACUCAACUAAAGGAAUUACCUGAAAGAUGGGAAACUACCAAAAAGAUUGCAGCAACUGUCAGACAUGAAGUCUCACCUCUCCAAAAUGCAGAAGUCACUCUUAUAAGGAAAGCAUGUGUUUUGUUUGAUGAGAAGCAGGCAGAGUUCAGAGAGAGAUUUAGAUUCUAUGCGCCCCUUCGUUUUAAUGCAGAAAAUCCAUAUACAGUACUCGAUAAGGCAAAUCAAGAGCUUGAGGCAUUAGAAGAAGAGAUGCUGCAAAUGCAGGAAUCUACUCAUCUUUUUGAAGUGGCUCUUCCAGAGUACAAACAAAUGAAGCAGUGUCGCAAAGAGAUAAAAUUGCUCAAGGGGCUCUGGGAUGUCAUUAUUUAUGUUAGAAGAAGCAUUGAUAAUUGGACUAAAACCCAGUGGAGACAGAUUAAUGUGGAGCAGAUGGAAGUGGAACUCAGAAGGUUUGCCAAGGAAAUCUGGUCUCUGGAUAAGGAGGUUCGCAUGUGGGAUGCCUACUCGGGCCUGGAAAGCACAGUGAAGGACACGAUGACCUCUCUGAGAGCCGUUGCCGAGUUGCAGAGUCCUGCCCUCAGGGACAGGCAUUGGCACCAGCUGAUGAUGGCCAUUGGGGUCAAAUUUUCCAUAAAUGAAGCCACAACUUUGGCAGACCUGUUAGCUUUGCGGUUACACCAAGUGGAAGAGACUGUCCGAAGCAUCGUGGACAAAGCCGUGAAAGAGCUGGGGACUGAGAAGGUUAUUACUGAAAUCAGCCAGACCUGGGCAACCAUGGAGUUCUCUUACGAAGUUCACUAUCGGACAGGCGUUCCAUUACUGAAGUUUGAUGAACUAUUGUUUGAAACUCUAGAGCACAACCAAGUUCAGUUACAGACUCUGCUCCAAAGCAAGUAUGUGGAAUAUUUCAUUGAGCAAGUCAUAAGCUGGCAAAACAAAUUAAACACAGCAGACUCGGUCAUCUUUACUUGGAUUGAAGUCCAGUGCACUUGGUCUCACCUAGAAAGCAUCUUUGUUUGUUCAGAAGAUAUUCGAAUCCAACUUGUCAAAGAUGCUCAGAGAUUCGACAGAGUAGAUGCUGAAUUUAAGGAAUUAAUGUUCAGAACAGCUAAAAUAAAAAAUGUUUUGGAGGCAACGUGUGAGCUGCAUCUCUAUGAAAAACUUAAAGAUUUACAGUACAGGCUUUCUCUCUGUGAAAAAGCUCUUGCUCAGUACCUGGAAACCAAGCGUUUGGCUUUCCCACGCUUCUAUUUCAUCUCUUCCACAGACUUACUUGACAUUCUUUCAAAGGGAACUCAACCUACACAGGUUACACGCCACCUUUCCAAACUCUUCGACAGCAUUGCGGAUCUGCAGUUUGAAGGUGAUCAGGAUGUCUCUGCACACAAGGCGGUUGGAAUGUACAGCAAAGACAAGGAGUACGUCCCAUUCCCAGCAGAGUGUGAAUGCAUAGGCCAUGUGGAAACCUGGCUCCUGAAGCUGGAACGGACCAUGCAGGAGACAGUGCGUCAUUCCAUCACAGAGGCCAUCGCAGUCUAUGAAGACAAACCCAGGGAACUGUGGAUUUUUGAUUUCCCGGCUCAAGUUGCGCUAACUAGCUCACAAAUAUGGUGGACUACAGAUGUAGGAAUAGCCUUCAGUAGGCUAGAGGAAGGCUAUGAAACGGCCCUAAAGGAUUUCCAUAAAAAACAGAUUUCUCAGUUGAAUACACUGAUUGCACUUCUGCUGGGAGAACUUCUACCUGGAGACAGGCAGAAGAUCAUGACAAUUUGUACCAUAGAUGUCCAUGCCAGAGAUGUGGUGGCAAAACUUAUUUCUCAGAAGGUCGUCACCCCCCAGGCUUUUGCGUGGCGCUCUCAGCUCCGUCACCGGUGGGAGGACACCCAGAAACAUUGUCUCGUAAAUAUCUGUGAUGCCCAGUUCCAGUACUUCUAUGAAUAUUUAGGAAACAGCCCUCGACUUGUGAUCACGCCUCUAACUGACAGGUGUUACAUUACUUUAACUCAAUCCCUUCAUCUCACCAUGAGCGGGGCUCCAGCUGGCCCGGCUGGUACAGGGAAAACAGAAACCACGAAAGAUCUUGGCCGUGCCCUUGGCAUGAUGGUUUAUGUAUUCAACUGUUCAGAGCAAAUGGACUACAAAUCCAUAGGAAAUAUCUAUAAGGGGUUGGUGCAGACAGGAGCCUGGGGCUGCUUUGACGAGUUCAAUCGAAUCUCCGUGGAAGUUCUGUCAGUGGUGUCAGUGCAAGUGAAAACGAUACACGAUGCCCUCAGAAACAGGAAGCAGAGAUUUGUAUUUCUUGGCGAAGCUAUCAUACUGAAGCCAUCAGUCGGAAUAUUUAUCACUAUGAACCCAGGAUAUGCUGGUCGAACUGAAUUACCAGAAAAUCUCAAAGCUCUUUUCAGACCCUGUGCCAUGGUGGCCCCAGACAUCAAGCUAAUCUGUGAAAUCCUGUUAGUUGCUGAGGGUUUUGUGGAUGCGCGCUCAUUAGCCCGCAAAUUUAUCACGUUGUACACACACUGCCAGGAGCUCCUGUCCAAGCAGGAUCAUUAUGAUUGGGGACUUCGUGCUAUUAAAUCUGUCUUGGUUGUAGCUGGCUCCCUGAAACGAGGAGAUAAAAAUAGACCUGAAGAUCAGGUACUCAUGAGAGCAUUAAGGGACUUCAAUAUGCCUAAAAUAGUGACUGAUGACACCUCUGUGUUUUUGGGCCUCAUUGGUGACCUGUUUCCAUCCCUAGACGUGCCCCGGAGGAGAGCACCCGACUUUGAACGGAUGGUCAGGCAGUCCACUGUGGAGCUCCGCCUGCAGCCUGAGGAAAGCUUCAUCCUCAAAGUUGUUCAGCUUGAGGAGCUGUUGGCCAUGCGGCACUCUGUCUUCGUCGUUGGAAAUGCAGGCACAGGGAAGAGUAAGAUUUUGAGAACAUUAAACCGAACAUAUGUUAACAUGAAACAGAAACCCGUUUGGAAUGACUUAAACCCCAAAGCUGUGACAACAGAUGAACUCUUCGGUUUCAUUCAUCAUGCUACCCGAGAAUGGAAAGACGGUCUGUUUUCAUCCAUUCUGCGAGAACAAGCAAAUCUUAGGCAUGAUGGACCAAAAUGGAUAGUCCUGGAUGGUGAUAUUGAUCCCAUGUGGAUUGAAUCACUAAACACUGUCAUGGAUGAUAACAAGGUGCUGACGUUGGCCAGCAGUGAGCGCGUAGCUCUGACUCCCUCUAUGAAGCUGCUCUUUGAGAUCCAUCACUUGAGGACUGCAACCCCAGCUACUGUUUCCAGAGCUGGUAUUCUAUAUGUAAACCCACAAGAUUUAGGCUGGAAUCCGUAUGUGGCCAGUUGGAUAGACAGAAGGCGGCAUCAGUCAGAAAAGGCCAAUUUAACGAUUCUUUUUGAUAAAUACGUUCCUGCAUGCUUGGAUAAGCUGAGAACAAGCUUUAAAACUAUCACUUCAAUUCCAGAGAGCAGUCUGGUGCAGACUAUUUGUACUCUUCUGGAAUGUUUAUUGACUCCUGAAAAUGUACCUUCUGACAGCCCAAAGGAAGUUUAUGAGGUCUAUUUUGUCUUUGCUUGUAUCUGGGCAUUCGGAGGCACUCUGCUACAAGAUCAGCUUUCUGGUUGUCAAGCUGAAUUCAGUCAGUGGUGGCAUAAAGAGAUGAAAGCAGUGAAGUUUCCAUCCCAGGGAACAAUUUUUGAUUAUUAUCUGGACCACAGAAGUAAGAAAUUUUUGCCUUGGGCCGAAAAAAUCCCCCAAUUUACUAUGGAUCCAGAAAUACCUUUGCAGAGAGCUCUGGUUCACACAUCAGAGACAACUCGUCUUCGCUAUUUCGUGGAGUUGCUGCUCGAGAAAGGACAGCCGUUGAUGCUGGUAGGAAACGCUGGAGUAGGAAAAACAGUCUUUGUAGGUGACGUGCUGGCAGGUCUGUCUGAGGCUUAUAUAGUAUCCCGUGUGCCUUUCAACUACUACACAACAUCUGCAGCACUGCAGCGAAUUCUUGAGAAACCUCUGGAGAAGAAAGCUGGUCGUAACUAUGGUCCAGGAGGGAAUAAAAAGUUGGUUUAUUUUAUUGACGACAUGAAUAUGCCUGCAGUGGACUCAUAUGGCACUGUCCAGCCCCACACUCUGAUUCGGCAGCAUAUUGAUUAUGGACACUGGUAUGACAGACAGAAAGUGAUGCUUAAAGAAAUCCACAGCUGUCAAUAUGUUGCCUGCAUGAACCCCACGGUGGGCAGUGUCACCAUCAGCCCUAGACUACAGAGACAUUUCACAGUGUUUGCAGUCAACUUUCCAUCGCUGGAUGCACUGAACACCAUCUACAGCCAAAUCCUGCGUUUCCAUUUCCAGCAGCAAGCGUUUGGUCCCUCAGUUCUCAGGACUGGCCCCACUUUGAUACAGGCAACAAUUGCAUUCCAUCAGAUGAUGGCACAUACUUUUUUACCCACGGCCAUUAAAUUCCACUACCUCUUUAAUUUGAGAGACUUGUCAAACGUCUUCCAGGGGAUUUUUUUCACCUCUCCUGCGUGUUUAAAGUGUCCAAAUGAUUUAAUACGCUUGUGGCUUCACGAAUCUUCUCGUGUUUAUGGAGACAAACUGAUAGACACAAAGGACUGUGAUUUGUUUCAUAAAAAACUGCUGGAAACUGCUAAUAAAUACUUUGAAGGUGUAGAUAGCCAUGUGCUGCUUCAACAGCCCCUCAUCUAUUGCCAUUUUGCUAAUGGCGGCCAAGACCCGUGCUACAUGCCAGUGAAGGACUGGGAGGUGCUGAAGACAUUUCUUAUGGAAGCACUGGAUGACUACAAUGAACUCAAUGCCACCAUGCACCUUGUUUUAUUUGAAGACGCCAUGCAACAUGUAUGUCGCAUCAGCCGCAUCCUGCAGUCCCCUCAGGGUUAUGCGCUCUUGGUCGGAGUGGGCGGCAGUGGCAAGCAGAGCCUAGCCCGGCUGGCAGCUCAUGUUUGCAGCCUUGAGGUCUUCCAGAUCACUCUGACCCAAGGCUUCGGGGUCCAGGAACUUCGGGUAGAUCUUGCCAAUCUGUACAUCAGAACCGGAGCCAAGAACAUGCCCACCGCGUUCCUGCUGACAGAUGCCCAGGUUCUAGAUGAGAGCUUUCUUGUGCUGAUUAAUGACUUGCUGGCAUCAGGGGAAAUUCCUGAUCUGUUCAGUGAUGAAGAUGUAGACAAGAUAAUUUCUGGAAUUCGUAAUGAAGUUCGUGGUCUGGGCAUGGUGGACUCCAGAGAAAACUGUUGGAAAUUCUUUUUGGCCCGAGUGCGACUACAACUCAAAAUCGUUUUGUGUUUCUCUCCGGUUGGUCACACGCUGAGAAGUAGAGCUCGGAAGUUCCCAGCCCUGGUUAACUGCACGGCUGUUGACUGGUUCCAUGCCUGGCCCCGGGAGGCUCUGGUCACAGUCAGCAGGAGGUUCAUGGAGGAAACCAAGGGAACUGAGGCCCUGGAUAAAGACUCUAUUAGCCUCUUCAUGGCCCACGUUCACACUAGUGUAAAUGAAAUGAGUACGAGGUAUUACCAGAAUGAGAAAAGACACAACUAUACAACCCCGAAGAGUUUUCUGGAACAAAUAUCACUGUUUAAGAACCUGUUGAAAAAGAAACAAGAAGCGGUGUCCCAGAAGAAAGAGCACUUGGUGAAUGGUGUCCAGAAGCUGGGAACCACAGCCUCUCAGGUGGGAGAGCUGAAAGCCAGACUUGCCUCUCAAGAAGCCGAGUUACAGCUGAGAAAUCAGGAUGCUGAAGCUCUGAUCGCGAAGAUCGGGCUUCAGACAGAGAAGCUGAGCAGGGAAAAGGCCAUCGCCGAUGCUGAGGAGCGAAAGGUGACGGCCAUUCAGACUGAAGUGUCCCAGAAACAGAGGGAGUGUGAAGCAGACUUACUGAAAGCUGAGCCCGCGCUGGUGGCUGCGACAGCUGCCCUCAAUACACUCAACAGGGUCAAUCUCACUGAGCUGAAAGCCUUUCCCAACCCUCCAAAUGCAGUUACCAACGUUACUGCAGCUGUGAUGGGCCUUCUGGCUCCGAGGGGCAGAGUGCCGAAAGACCGGAGUUGGAAAGCAGCUAGAGUCUUCAUGGGAAAGGUGGAUGAUUUUUUGCAAGCGUUAAUUAACUAUGACAAAGAGCACAUUCCAGAGAAUUGUCUAAAAGUGGUGAAGGAACAGUAUUUGAAAGACCCCGAGUUCAACCCAAACCUGAUUCGGACCAAAUCUUUUGCAGCAGCUGGCCUCUGCGCCUGGGUCAUCAACAUCAUGAAAUUCUACGAGGUCUACUGUGAUGUGGAGCCCAAACGCCAAGCAUUAGCCCAAGCAAACUUAGAACUGGCUGCAGCUACUGAGAAAUUGGAGGCUAUCAGGAAAAAGCUAGCGGAUUUGGAUCGAAAUCUGAGCAGACUCACAGAUUCGUUUGAAAAGGCAAUAGCUGAGAAAGUUCGCUGUCAAGAAGAGGUGAACCAAACCAACAAAACUAUUGAACUAGCCAACAGACUUGUGAGGGAACUUGAGUCAGAGAAGAUUCGCUGGGGCCAGUCUAUUAAAUCCUUCGAAGCUCAAGAGAAGACACUCUGUGGAGAUGUUCUCCUUACGGCAGCAUAUGUGUCUUAUGUUGGAUCCUUUACACACCAGUAUCGCCAGGAACUGGUGGACUGCAUGUGGGUUCCCUUUCUUCAAGAGAAGGUCUCCAUCCCAAUAACUGAAGGCCUGGACGUGAUUGCCAUGUUGACGGAUGAUGCCACCACUGCCACCUGGAAUAACGAAGGACUGCCCAGUGACAGGAUGUCCACGGAGAACGCCGCUAUCCUGACGCACUGUGAGCGCUGGCCCCUGAUGAUCGACCCCCAGCAGCAAGGGAUUAAGUGGAUCAAGAAUAAGUAUGGGACUGACCUGAAAGUCACACACUUGGGCCAGAAAGGGUUUUUGAAUGACAUUGAAACUGCUUUGGCCUUUGGAGAUGUCCUCUUAAUUGAAAACCUUGAGGAAACAAUAGAUCCAGUCCUUGAUCCAUUGCUUGGUAGGAACACGAUUAAAAAAGGAAAGUAUAUCAAGAUUGGAGAUAAAGAAUGUGAAUUUAACUGCAACUUUCGUCUUAUCCUUCACACAAAACUGGUAAAUCCUCACUAUAAGCCAGAACUGCAGGCUCAGACAACCCUCCUCAAUUUCACGGUCACAGAAGAUGGUCUGGAAGCCCAGCUGUUGGCAGAGGUUGUCAAUAUUGAAAGGCCAGACUUGGAGAAACUUAAGCUGGUUCUGACAAAGCACCAAAAUGACUUUAAGAUAGAGCUGAAGUACCUGGAGGACGACCUCCUCCUGCGUCUCUCUGCGGCAGAAGGGAGCUUUCUAGACGACACCAAACUGGUAGAGAGACUAGAGAGGGCAAAGGCCACUGCAGCUGAGAUAGAGCGCAAGGUGAUUGAAGCUAAAGAAAAUGAAAGAAAAAUCAACGAGGCCCGAGAAUGUUACAGACCAGUGGCAGCAAGAGCCUCUCUUCUAUAUUUUGUGAUUAAUGACCUCAGAAAAAUCAACCCCAUCUAUCAAUUCUCUUUGAAGGCUUUCAACAUGCUGUUCCACAGAGCCAUCGAAAAGGCUGACAAGGUGGAGGACAUCCCAGGGCGCAUCUCCGCCCUGACCGAGAGCAUCACCCACGCCGUCUUCCUCUACACCAGCCAGGCGCUGUUUGAGAAAGACAAACUCACCUUCCUGUCCCAGAUGGCUUUCCAGAUUUUGCUGAGAAAGAAAGAGAUAGAUCGUCUUGAAUUGGAUUUCCUGCUUCGGUUCACAGUUGAACACACUUACCAGAGUCCUGUUGAUUUCCUCACUCAUCAGUCAUGGAGUGCUAUUAAGGCGGUCGCCCUCAUGGAAGAGUUUCGAGGCCUCGACCGAGAUGUGGAAGGAUCUGCGAAGCAGUGGAGGAAGUGGGUAGAAUCUGAGUGUCCAGAAAAGGAAAGGUUACCGCAAGAAUGGAAGAAGAGAAGUUUAAUACAGAAGCUGAUUAUUUUGAGAGCAGUGCGCCCUGACAGAAUGACAUAUGCUCUCAGGAAUUUCGUGGAGGAAAAACUGGGUGCCAAGUAUGUAGAGAGGACCAGAUUGGACUUGGUUAAAGCAUUUGAGGAGAGCAGCCCCGCCACCCCCAUAUUCUUCAUCCUCUCUCCAGGAGUAGAUGCCCUCAAAGACCUGGAGAUACUGGGCAAGAGACUGGGGUUUACAAUCGACUCGGGAAAAUUACACAACGUGUCUUUAGGACAAGGGCAGGAGACGGUGGCAGAAAUGGCCCUGGAGAAGGCUUCCAGAGAAGGACACUGGGUCAUACUCCAAAAUGUCCAUUUGGUACCCAAGUGGCUGAGAACCUUGGAGAAGCUGCUUGAGAGAUUCAGCCAGGGAAGCCACCGAGAUUACAGGGCUUUCAUGAGCGCCGAGGCGGCACCUACACCCAGCGAGCACGUCUUCCCUCAGGGACUCCUGGAAGAUUCCGUCAAGACCACCACCGAGCCCCCCACGGGGAUGCUGGCCAACCUGCAUGCUGCUCUCUGCAACUUUGAUCAGGAUACACUCGAAGUGUGCUCCAAGGAGCAGGAGUUUAAAAGCAUCCUCUUCUCUCUGUGCUACUUCCAUGCCUGUGUUGCCGGGAGGCUCAGGUUUGGCCCCCAGGGCUGGAGCCGCCGCUACCCAUUCAGUCCCGGGGACCUCACCAUCUGUGCCAACGUCCUCUACAACUACUUAGAGGCAAACCCUAACGUCCCGUGGGAAGACCUCCGCUACCUCUUUGGUGAGAUUAUGUAUGGGGGCCACAUCGCAGAUGACUGGGACCGCAAGCUGUGCUGUGUGUAUUUAGAAGAAUUCAUGAAUCCCUCUCUGAUUGAUGAUGAGCUGAUGCUGGCACCAGGAUUUGCAGCUCCACCCAGCCUGGAUUACUCAGGCUACCACCAGUACAUAGAAGAGAUGCUUCCUCCAGAGAGCCCAGUGCUGUAUGGCCUCCACCCGAACGCUGAAAUUGAAUUUCUGACGGUCACAUCCAACAUGCUGUUCAGAACCUUGCUGGAGAUGCAGCCCAGGGAUGCAGUGAGCAGCGAGGAGCUGGGACAGUGCACAGAAGACAAGGUUAAGAAUGUCUUGGAUGACAUUUUGGACAAACUUCCAGAAGAGUUCAACAUGACAGAGAUAAUGCAAAAACACCCAAACAGAAGCCCCUAUGCCCUUGUUUGCCUACAAGAAUGUGAGCGGAUGAACACUCUCCUUCGGGAAAUCCGUGUGUCACUCCAACAGUUAGAGCUUGGAUUGAAGGGGGAGCUGACACUAUCUCCUGACAUGGAAGCCCAGCAGUCUGCACUGAGUUACGAUGUGGUACCAGAAACCUGGAGCAAACUGGCUUAUCCAUCCACGUACGGCCUGGCCCAGUGGUUUAACGACCUCCUCCUGCGAUGCCGGGAACUGGACUCCUGGACACAAGAUCUCGCCCUUCCGGCUGUGGUGUGGCUUUCUGGCUUCUUCAACCCUCAGUCCUUCUUAACGGCGAUCAUGCAGGCCACGGCUCGAAAGAAUGAGUGGCCACUGGACAAAAUGUGCCUGACUGUUGACAUUACCAAAAAAACAAAGGAGGACUACGGGCAUCCCCCCAGGGAAGGCGCUUACCUCCACGGGCUCCUCAUGGAAGGAGCCAGAUGGGACAGCCAGUCAGGAACCAUUGUGGAUGCCCGCCUCAAGGAGUUAAGGUUCGCAAUGCCAGUCAUCUUUGCAAAAGCCAUACCAGUGGACAGACAGGAAACCCGACACACCUACGAGUGCCCUGUGUACAAAACCAGAAGGCGAGGCCCCCACUACGUCUGGACCUUCAGGCUAAAGAGCAACGACAGGACGGCCAAGUGGGUCCUGGCAGGCGUGGCUCUGCUGCUGGAGGCGUAA